AUGGAGAACGGCAACGGCGUCGGCGGGGAGCCGGUUCCGAACGGGGGAGGAGCCGGGACCGGCAAGGCGGUGCAGGCGUUUGAGCGAUGCUUCGGGCAGGUGCAGGGGAUCCUGGAGCACAACCGAGUGCUGAUCCAGGAGAUCGAGCAGAACCAGGAGUCCGGCGAGGACGGCGGCCUGAACCGCAACGUGGCCCUCAUCCGCGAGCUCAACAGCAACAUCGCGCGCGUCGGCAGCCUCUACUGCGACCUCUCGGCCGCCUUCGCCCAGGGCACCCCCGCCGCCAGAGCUGCCGACGCCGCCAAGGGGUACAACAAGAUGUCGCGCCCGCCCAAGUAG